AUGACUACAAAGAUCAAUGACGAUGAACCUGCUGAUAUUUGGAGAUGGGAGUAUCUUGCUCCGCCGCUUGAGAACUGGGCCGACCAGCCCUGCUCGUCCCAAUGGUUGGUCCACCACAGGUUACGGAUUAAUGCUCAAGUUUGUGAAGAUUCAUUAUUUUUAUUACUUUUUGCCUUACUUUUCACGUUAUUUUUAUGCCAUUUGUACUUGAUUAAUGAGGUAUUUUAUUUAGACAGAAUUACCGAGGUAUUCAGUCCAAAUAUUAUGUGGACCAUUAUCUGA